AUGGAGGAAAAGGACACCAACGACAAUGAGGGCUACACCGGGGAGAUAAAGGGGGGACUGCGGCCUUCAAUGAAACUGGUUGUAAUGGGAAUCGUCAACAAAAAACCUCAAAGUAUGGAGGUGUUGGUGUCCAGUCAGCCGGGGGACGAGGAGGGGGCGGAGGGGGAUGUGGGUCUGCAGCUGAAGAUCAGUUUUAAGGAGAAGGCCAUCCAAAGAAACGCUCGGCUGGACGGGAAAUGGGGUCCAGCCGAGAACACUCUGUCAUACUUCCCCUUUGCCUCUGGAGAGUCUUUCAAGAUGGAGAUCGUUUGCGAGCACCAGCAGUUCCGGAUCCUGGUGGACGGGCAGCCUCUCUGUGGUUUCUCCCAUCGCUUCUCUCCUCUGGCCUCGCUCACCUCUUUACGAGUGUUCGGAGACCUGCAGCUGACCAAGGUGGCCUAA